AUGUCAGCCCAAUACCCCGCGAGACAAUCGCCCUCUCCCAACCCCGCCACUAUGCCACCCCGCCAACUCUCCACACUCUUCACCUCGCUAAGCCGCGAAUCGCGCCGCUGGUCCCUAACCCGGAUCCUCCACAGCAACAACCCCAUGGACAUACAAGGUGAACUACGAGGAACUGCCACCUUCAAGCCGCUAGAACGGGUCACGGGCACGGGCACGGGUACGGAUCGCGAUAUGGUAUACCGGGAGGAAGGGGAGAUGCCGAGCACGGUGGGGAUGGGAAUGGCGGGACUGCGGUGGUCGAAGAAAUAUAUCUGGCGGUUGAGUGAGGGCGGGGAGAUGAGUGUUUGGUUCGUGAAGGUUGGGGGUUCGAAGGGGAGUGAUGAGGAAGAGGCGGAUUAUCUGUUUCAUAAGUUUGAUUUCAAGGACGGGUCUGCGGAGGAUUCGGAUGCUGCGGCCGGGGAGGAUAUGUUUGUUGCUGCGCCGGUGCCACCUGCAGCAGUUGGUGAUACGGCUGUUCUGACCGCACGUGGCAAUCAUCUUUGCAUAAACGAUAUGUAUCGCACGGCAUAUGCGUUUCGAAUUCGUCCGGAGAGCGGGGAGGUGCUCAGCUGGUCCAGUCGACAUGUAGUCAAGGGGCCGAAGAAGGAUCAGGACAUUGUGAAUGUCUACGAAUCAACUUGA